AUGUCAAAUUCAAAGGUCGUGUUCGUGGGAAACGUUCCUUACAACAUGGGGGAAGAGCAACUUAUUGACGUCUUCAAGUCGGUCGGUCAAGUUGUAGGAUUCAGGUUGGUCUUUGACAGAGAUACCGGCAAGCCGAAAGGGUAUGGGUUUUGCGAGUUCGCGGACCACGAUACGGCAGCGUCUGCUGUUCGCAAUCUAAACGGCACCGACGUGGGUGGCAGGCCGCUCAGAAUCGACCUUGCCGACUCUGAUCCGUUUCUUGAGGGCAAGACAACCGUCAGAGGUGAACUCCUCGAUGGGGGCUAUCCUGGCCCAUCUGAACCUCGUUCGCAAUGGCGAUCGCGAAACAACGACCCAGAGGCCUUCCUGGCUAACGUCCCACCUGGAAUCCAAAUUCCGAAGGGAUCUUCUGCCCUCGAUAGCAUCAGCCAGACACUCGCGACGAUGCCCCCCAAUCAGCUCAUGGAGGUUCUGGCGCAGAUGAAAGCGUUUGUGAUUACCCACCCUGAUCAAGCACGAACACUCCUCAUCAAACAUCCGCAACUGUCGUACGCCUUAUUCCAAUCACUUUUGCUGAACAAAAUCGUCGAUCCCACCAUUCUUGAGAGAAUGCUAGCAUUGUCUCACGGCACCCCUGCACAAGCCGCUGCAGCUCCGGUUCCUCCUCCAGUAGCCCGUCCUAUGUCGCAAGCCUACCCCCCUCCAGCGCAUUACCCACUACAUAUGCCCCCUUUUCCUCCGCAGGCCUACCAAACUCCACAGUCCAUGCCACCGCCAACGUCAACGGCUACACCUCCUGUUUCCGCGAUGUACCCAGGACAUGCACCGCCCAUGCCGCCCGCGGGUCCUUCGCAGUACUACCGCCCCCCUCCUGUGGCAGCACCAGUGCCGGCCCCUGUUGCCCCUACCCCUGCUAUCCAGCCUCAACCCCAAAAAGCACCUGGUGUGCCAGAGAUUAGCGAAGCUCAACGUGCUAUGUUGAUGCAAGUGCUGAGUCUGACUCAGGAGCAGAUUAAUGCUCUCGCAGAUACGGAGCGUGCUGCGAUUAUGCAACUGCGAAAUCAAUUCAUGGGUACUCUUGGCAAUACCUGA